AUGGUGGCACUGGUGGAACAACUUGUUGUAUUCCUAAAUGUGAUAGCAAUACUAAAAAAAAAUCCUGAGCUAUCAUUAUAUCAAAUUCCAACUGAUAUGAAGCUGAGAAAUAUGUGGUUACACUUGAUUGGCCGAGCAAGCUUUAAACCUAACAAGUGCCACCGAGUUUGUUCAAAACAUUUUGUGGGUGGCAAGAAGACUUGUCUUCACAAUGUUCCAACAGUUGUGCAAAAAGUUUUGCUGCCUACACCAACAAAGCCCAGAACAACAUUUAAGUGUGUAAAUAGAAGAGACCCAAAUGAGGAUAGAUGCAUAAUAAAUGAACAGGCAGAACAGCUAACAUCUUCAAGAAAUAAAAUUUCAAAACUUGAACAUGUAGUUGAGACUCUUGAACAGAAAAACCAAGAAUAUGAAGAGGAAAUUUCAAAGCUGAAGGAAAAG